AUGGCCCAGCCGGCCCACAGACUCUGCUCUACCUCUGGCUUCUGGUGCUGUCUCCUCUUCCUUCUAGCAUCUUGGGAGGCAGAUGAGAGUACCACCUCAUACAUGACUACAAUUCCUUUCUACAGUUCAGACAGUGUAAACAUCAAAAAAACCACAUCUUCCCCAGAAAAAAACACAACAGCAACAAAAAUACCAUAUAAGGCUACAGGAACCCCAGAAGCCUCAGAAAAGACUGAUGAUAACAGAAUUACAGUUGCCUCAGACAAGCUCCUGAUAACAAGUGCAAAACAUAUACACAAGAACACAUCAGUGAGUGAGAUGAUCAUACCAUCACCAGCAAAGCCUACAGAACAUGGAAAAAUGAGUGCAUCAACCAGUGAGAAAAUCUCAUCUUCCCCAGCAAAUCCUACAGAACAUGGAGACACCAGCACAUUUGUCCGUGAGAAAAUUACAACUUCCCCAGCAAAGACUACAGAACAUAGAGAAACAAAAACAUCGGCUGGUGAAAAAAUCACACCAUAUCAAGCAACGUUGACAGAGCAUAGAGAAAUGAGCACAGAAGAUGAAGAAAUUAACACUUCAAACAAUGAGAAGACAUCGUAUCCAAAGAAGCCUACAGAACAUGGAGAAAUGAGCACAUCUGCCAAUAAGAAGACCACACUGUCCCCAGUAAAAUCUACAGAACAUGGAGAAACCAGCACAUCAGCCAGUGAGAAAAUCACACCCUCCCCAGAAAAGUCUGCUGAACAGGAAGAAACCAGUACAUCUGCCAGUAAAAAAAUCACACCAUCCCCAGCAAAGGCAACAGAACACGGAGAAUCCAGCACAUCAAUCAGUGAGAAGAACCCACCAUCUGUAGCAAAGACUACUGAACAGGAAGAAAUCAGCACAUCUGCCAGUGAGAAAAUCACACCAUCAUCAGCAAAGUCUACAGAACAGGAAGAAACCAGCACAUCAACCAGUGAGAAAAUCACACCAUCCUUAGCAAAGUCUACAGAACAUGGAGAAACCAGCAUAUCUGUCAGUGAGAAAACCACACCAUCCUCAGCAAAGUCUACAGACCAGGAAGAAACCAAUACAACUGCCAGUGAGAAAAUCACAUCAUCUCCAGCAAAGUCUACAGAACAGGAAGAAAGCAGCACAUCAGCCAGUGAGAAAAUCACACCAUCCCCAGAAAAGUCUUCAGAACAUGGAGAAGCUAGCACAUCAGCCAAUGAGAAAAUCACACCAUCCCCAGCAAAGUCUACAGAAAACGAAGAAACCAGCAUAUCUGCCGGUGAGAAUAUCACACCAUCCCCAGCAAAGUCUACAGAAAAUGAAGAAACCAGUACAUCUGCUGGUGAGAAUGUCACACCAUCCCUAGCAAAGGCAAUAGAAAAUGGAGAAACCACCACAUUUGCUGGUGAGAAAAUCACACCAUCCCCAGAAAAGUCUACAGAUAAUGGCAAAACCAGCACAUCAACCAAUGAGAACACACAAUCCCCAGCAAAGUCUUCAGAACAGGAAGAAACCAGUACAUCAGUCAAUAGAAAAUUCACACCAUACUCAGCAAAGUCUACAGAAAAUAAAGAAAUCAGCACAUCUGCCAGUGAAAAAGUCACACCAUCCUCAGCAAAUUCUACAAAACAGGAAGAAGUCAGCACAUCUGCCAGUGAGAAAAUCACACCAUCCCCAGCAAAGUCUUCAGAACAGGAAGAAACAAGCACAUCAGCCAGUAGGAAAUUCACACCAUACUCAACAAAGUCUACAGAAAAUGAAGAAACAAGCACAUCUACCGGUGAGAAAACUACACCAUCCCCAGCAAAAUCUACAGAACAGGAAGAAACCAGCACAUCUGCCAGUGAGAAAAUCACACCAUCCACAGCAAAGCCAACAGAACGUGAAGAAAUAAGUACACCAUUCAGUGAGAAAAUCACAGCAUCCCCAGCAAAAUCUAUAGAACAUGGAGAAACUAGCAUAUCUGCCAGUGAGAAACUCAUACCAUCUUCAGAAAAGCCUACAGAACAUGAAGAAACCAGCACAUCAGCCAGUAGGAAAUUUACACCAUACUCAGAAAAGUCUACAGAACAUGGAGAAACCAGCAUAUCUGCCAGUGAAAAAAUCACACAAUCAUCAGCAAAGUCUACAGAACAUGGAGAAACUAGCACAUCUGCCAGUGAGAAGAACACACCAUCCCUGGCAAUGUCUACAGAGCAUGAAGAAACCAGCACAUCUGCCAGUGAGAAGAACACACCAUCCCUGGCAAUGUCUACAGAGCAUGAAGAAAGCAGCACAUCAGCCAGUGAGAAGAACACACCAUCCCCAGCAAAGUCUACAGAACAUGGAGAAACCAGCACAUCUGCCAGUGAGAAAAUCACACCAUCAUCAGCAAAGUCUACAGAAAAUGAAGAAACCAGCACAUCUUCCAGUGAGAAAAUUGCAUCAUCUCCAGCAAAGUCUGCAGAACAUGAAGAAACCAGCACAUCAGCCAGUAGGAAAUUCACACCAUACUCAGCAAAGCCUACAGGAAACGAAGAAAUCAGCACAUCUGCCAGUGAGAAAAUCACACCAUCCCCAGCAAAGCCAACAGACUAUGAAGAAAUGAACACAUCAGUCAGUGAGAAAAUCACACAAUCUCCAAAAAAGCCUACAGAACAUGGAGAAACCAGCACAUCUGCCAGUGAGAAAAUCACACCACCUCCAGCAAAACCUACAGAACAUGGAGAAACAACUAUAUCUACCAAUGAGAAUACACCAUUCACAGCAAAGUCAACACAACAUGGAGAAAUGAGUAGUUCUACCAAUGAGAAGACCACACCACCCCCAACAAAGCCUACCACACAUGUAGAAAUGAGCACAUUAACUGGUGAGAAAAUCACACCUUCUUCAGCAAAAUCUACAGAACAUGAAGAAACCAGCACAUCUGCCAAUGAGAAAAGCACACCAUUUCCAGCAAAGUCUUCAGAACACCCAGAAAAGGCCUCACUGGCCACUGAGACCAUUAAAGUCCCAGGAAAGUCUACAGAAAACCCCCCCAAAACAGCAGCAGUCACAAAGACUCUAAGACAUCCAGUCAAGGUUACAGAAGACAAGUCUAUCGCGACUACCUCUCCUCAUUUAACUAAAACUGAGGUUACGCAUCAGGUACCCAUUGAUUCUUUUACACUCACUGCAUCUAGAAUGGAGCUGAGUUCUACGAUGUCAGAAGUCCCAGGCAACAAAAGCCAUGCACAUGAGAAUAAAGAUGGCUCACAGGGAGGUCUCCAUGCUGGACAGAUGGAAGAGAAUUAUUCAUUCCCUGCAUGGGCCAUAGUUAUUGUGGUCCUGGUGGCUGUGAUUCUCCUUCUGGUGUUUCUUGGUCUGAUCUUCUUGAUCUCCUAUAUGAUGCGAACACGCCAUACACUGACCCAGAACACCCAGGACAAUGACCCAGAAGAUGAGGAGGGCCCCAAUUCCUACCCUGUCUACCUGAUGGAGCAGCAGACCCUCGGCAUUGGACAGAUUCCUUCCCCAUGA